AUGGCCCUCUUCCGUGGACGCCUCGCUUUCAUGGUGCUCGUGCUCCUGGCGGUGAACUUUCUUCGCUGGUGGCAUGGGGAUGACGAGGUGAUCUUGGCAGUGGCAGCACAACCCGGCGACUUUGACGACGAGUUCAACGAGCACCUCUUCCACUCGACAUGGGGAGAGACGUUGGCUUCGCAAGCCCAUUGGGAGAGCGAAUGGGGGAGCACGCAAUUGGACGCGGACCUUCCAGCUCCUCCCGAACCAAAUGCCCUUCCUGCUACUUCGCUGUCCUCCUCUUCGGUGCCCGAUCCUGUGCCACACCUGAGUGAUGAACAUGGGAUGAAUGUUGCAGGCCAGGUGGCAGAACAGGCCCUCCCUGUUGACGACCUCCUCGACUACGAAGACUAUGUUGACCGCUACAUACGGAGAAUGGAAGAUCUUGAACCACGUGAUGCUCAUGGAGAAGACGUCCUCGCAUCACCUGGGGACUGUCAGGCAACUGUGGCCACUCCGGUUGACUGGGAGGAACAAGAGUCUACAGUCGACGAGGAGGAAGGUUGGGUUCGGCGAAACGGAGAAUGGAAACGUGGUCGUGACCGCUGGCACAAUCGUGAUGGGUCCCUCAAGAAUCCGCCGAGCAGACAGCACACUUGGGAUCCGACCAACCCGUGGCCAUGCAGCUGGGACGACUACCCACCUGAAGGAGCAACUUCAUCCUCCUCCUCUGGGGGCGACACUGGCAUUGAGGAAGGGCCUCUUCCAGAAGGGCGACCUCUCCCGUCUGGUGAACUUACAACCAUCGAUGAGCUUGCUGCUGACGUUCCUUGGGGCGACAUUGGCAUUGAGGAAGGGCCUCUUCCUGAAGGGCGACCUCUCCCGUCUGGUGAACCUACAACCCUCGAUGAGCUUGAUGCUGACGCUCCUCGGCCCUCUCAGACGAGAACAAUGGAUGAAGCGGACCAGGCUGGAGGCAGCACCUAUGCUACUGGUUUCUACAGAAACGGCGAGUGGAUCCCACGUGAGAGGACGCCACAGGAGUUGAGAUUCCAUACUGGAGGCCAAGGUUCGUUCUUCGUCGUCCUCGUGGAAUUCUGGGACCUCGCCGUCAUGUUCUACCUCCACGACAACUGGGUCGACUUGCUCCUCUGCAGUGACAACGGGGUUGACUACAAGCUUCAGCACCUCCGGGUCGACCUCUCCGUCUUCUCACGGCACCUCAUCUCCCUCAUCCUCCUGUCGCCGGCUACAACGACCACCGCAUCGACUUUAUCUUUCUUGGGCUGUUCGACUAUGGGCUCUACAACCUGGAGUUUGACUGGGCUUGGCUACAUCCUGUCCUUCAUCGUCGUCCCAGUUGACUUCCUGCCCUAUGCCUUCGUUCUGGACUACUUGGUCCUCCUCGUCCUUUUCCUCAAGCCGACCUUCUUCCUCGUCCUGCCUCUUGGGAUCUACCUCUCCCAUCAGUACCUCCACGAGAGCUCGGAGCGAGCCUCCCUUCAAGAAGCUGGGCUCAGGGAAGUGCAGAUGCAGAGGCUUGAGGCCUUGAUGGAAUGCCUGGACGGGUGGUACAAGAAGCAGUCCAAGGACAACUUCAGACGCCGCUUGGACCACCUGAUCUCGAUGAACACCUUCGCUCUCAUGAGUCUGAAGGCGGUAUUGAAAGCGCUGCUGGCAUGGGGUGGCUUGGCAGGUCUGGCGGGGCGGCCUCAUCCACCGAUCGUCCGGAGGAACCCUGCCAACUCUGAAACCAACGAGGACAUGUCGGGGCAUGACUCAGCACACAGUGACAGUGUCGACUUGGAGGCCUCCUCGGAUGGCGAGCUCUAUUCAAUGGACUCGUCGCACGCUCUUGAUGAACAUGGAGUACUAGUCGAAGUGCCGCCACAGACGGGACCGGGUCCUUUCGGUCCCCCUCCUCCGCAACCUGUGAAUCACCCCCUGGCUCCCACGGAACUUAUGGGCAUUUGGAGAGAGCCGGAAGAGGAGCCUGGACCGUUUACCUCGACCUCGACCUCUACCACAGGGGAGACCUUGACUUUGUCCUCUCCUUCCACAUUAUGGGAUGAAGAAGCUGAUGGUCUCGAGCUGAUGCAGGAGUUCCUCGUCCUUGAGCUGGGCAACCAAGGAACAUCGACCUCGACGUCAACGAGUACACAAGUGAUGCCAGCCGAUAUCGUCAGGAAUGCCACUAACAAUGCCCUGGCACUAUGUAAUCGCGCGGACACCUUGGAAGUCCUCCGCCGUCUUCUCCACCGGUGUCGUCACAUGCAACACUGCUCGCGUCUGCUCCUCGAUGCCGUUGAGGAAGCACUGCAGUGGGUGGAGUUGCCAGAAUCGGCUCUGGCUCUCAAUGCUGGCAUCGUUGAUCGUUUGGUGUGGGGCGAGGUCUCGCGGCAAGUUGCUCACGGAUCCUCCGCCACUCCUGAUCGCCCGUCUCACUGGGUCACUGAUCCCAGUGUGGUGCUUCAGCCUGGUUUCCCUCGUGACGUUGCGGAGCUACGGAGUGCCCUGCCAGGGAUACCUGAUCAUGUUGCUGCUGGGUAUCGUCGUAGGGCUUGGAGGCUACAUAUCCAUGAGUUGUAUCGUGCUCUUGGUCGUGAAAGCCCGCGGGGCAACUGGCCGGCAGAGGAGGACAGAGACCUCUUCUUGGUGCAACAGUCGUUGGAGCGGGAAGUUGACAACUGGAUGCCAACACUGGUAAACCCCCUGCUGGAAAUGGUUGGAGCCGGGAUGCACAUCGUGAUGGUCCUGGUGCACCUCGUGGUGUUCUUCCUGCUGAUCUUCCUUCUCCAGCAGGGGUACUUUCGCCGGAAGCAGCACAUUCUCCUGAAGAACCAGGUUCGCCGGAAGGUGACCGUCGUCCAGAAGGGCUCCGUUCUCCGCAAGUUGCAGGUUCUCCACAG